GAGACAAGCGAACAACAGGUACACAAAAGCGGAAGUAGCCACGACAACAGUGGUCACCCUCAUGGAUCUGAGGAGUGCACAGUGAAAUACACACUACUUUGCAUACUAGACCAGAACUCAACAAUGAUAAAAGCAAUACUUGUGUUCAACAACCACGGGAAACCUCGGUUGAUGAAGUUUUAUCAGUAUUACCCUGAAGAUUUGCAACAGCAGAUUGUUCGUGAGACAUUUCAUUUGGUCUCCAAACGUGAUGACAAUGUGUGCAAUUUUCUUGAGGGAGGGACUUUGAUAGGUGGGUCUGAUUAUAAGCUGAUCUACCGCCAUUAUGCUACACUGUACUUUGUCUUCUGUGUUGAUUCAUGUGAGAGUGAGUUGGGAAUUCUGGAUCUUAUUCAGGUAUUUGUUGAAACACUGGACAAAUGCUUUGAGAAUGUCUGUGAGUUGGACCUCAUUUUCCAUAUGGAUAAGGUCCAUUACAUCCUGGCAGAGCUGGUCAUGGGAGGCAUGGUGCUUGAGACAAACAUGACUGAGAUAAUUACACGUAUUGAGGAGCAAGCUAAGCUAGAGAAGCAAGAGGCAGGAAUAUCAGCAGCACCAGCACGAGCAGUAUCAGCUGUUAAAGAGAUGAACAUUCCUCAGAAGAUCAAGGACAUUAAGUUGCCAGAUCUUCCUUCCAUUGGAAACCUCAAGUUCUAGUCAUCAGUCAUCAUGAUUAAUGUCAUUAUUACCAAUGUUUUCAUCUUCAUUAAAAAAAUGUUAUUGUUUACUCUAAAAUACAGUCACUAAGUAUUAGCUUCAUCUUCGUUUUGUCCAUCAGCACCAUAUCUGUAACGGCAGAUGCAUAAAUAGUUUUUUAAAAAAAGUUUAAAGCAAGUUUUUGAAUUGUAAUGAAUUGUGUUUUAUUUUACAGUAACAUAGUUUACUACAACUGCUUGAUUGAGACUUUUUAAAAAUUAAAGUUUCAUUUCCAUCAUUAAUUUAAAUUUCUACUGUGAUUUAUUGGAACAGUAGGUCUCAACUUACGUCAUAUAUGUUAAUUUCAUCCAUAAAUUAAAUACAAAGGAAUCACAGCUUUCCAACUCGUGACAAGCUGCAUGUCUAUCAAUAAAAUAUUUUAGUGCAUAUAUUGAUGAGAUAUGAAUAUAAUUCAACCACUUUGUUUCUCAAUCAAAAGUUGAUUAUAAGCAUGUAUGCAUUUGUUAGAACUCCAAGUUUUGGAUCCAUGCUUCCUACAUAUAUAAGCAUUUUAAAAAUAAUUAUAAAAUAUACACUUAUGUAUGGUUCUGCUACAACAUUAGAGUUAUGCUUUGAGCUUUAAUUUCAUGAACAGUAUGAGUGGUGGAAAUAUACAUGAAAAGAAGCAUGGAAAUGAACAUGGAACAUUAGUUUUGUGGCCUUAUCUCCAAAUGUUUCUUUAAGCUUUUUUUUUCUGAAAGAGACAGAUAAUGUAGUGCAAUAUGUACAAAACAAUUAUCAUAAAUCUGGCUUACAACAUUUGCAUGAUUGUGUGGAUAGUUUUGGGUUUGUUUUUUUUUUUUAAUGUGUUUAUAAGGGGAACUACUCUUUAAUUCCAUAGAAUGGGACAUGGCAGAGAGAUUGUUGCAAGUGUUUAUUUUGAUCCCUCCUUUUCCUGCAUAGAGACAUGCAUUGCUCUAGCUGGUACCUUACACACUACUUAAUGAUGGUAAUACUAAUGAGGAUUAUGAUGAUUAAUUAUGAGGCUGGAUUACUAAGAUUUGAUAACAGGCUUGUUAAGAACUUUUCAGUCCACUGUCUUUUGUAUGGUCUCUAAAUCAAGGAUUGUGUAGUAUUUAUGCACAGAAUGCUGAUAUCCAGGUUGUCUUGCUAUUAUAAAAAAGUAAUUUAGCAAUAGUGAGUAUUGACUGGAUUCCAGAUUUCCUAUAAAAUGUUUGUUAUGUAGGUGGAACAUUUUUGUUAAGAAGUACUUUGCAUGUGAAUGUAUGUGUAUGUUGGUGAUGACUUAAAGAAGUGAUUGGUCAUUAAAAAAAAUCUUAACUCUUUUUGAAUAUGCUUUUUUGAUACAUGUGUUGCAAGAACUAUAGUCUUCUGUUGCUCUUGUUUCUUGUGAGAUUAAUGAUACAGAGUAGCUCAGUGGUAGUAAAGUUUCAAACUUUAGACCGAAAAUAAAUCCUGUAUGGGAUUAACAACAAUGGAGCAUCAAAAGCAGUUUUCUUUACUUGAAAGUGUAGGCUACAAAUGAGUUGAAACUAGUUAAGUAAUCUAUAUACUUUUGUUGAUGCAUUGUAUGGCACAGUCUAAAAUACCUUUUAAGUAAUGGACAUGACAAUGUCCUGAACAGAUUCCUUUUUGUGUUUAUACAUUCUCGAAGCAACAAAACCUAGCUGUAAAAGUAAUAAAUUUAUUAAAUCUGUUUUUAUUCAUAAUAUGAAAGUAAAGAUUACCCUAUGUUAUUCAGAAUACUUGAAAUAAACUUUUUAUAUAGCUAUAUCCUGACAGUACUAUCUUGAGCAAGCAGCUUCACCCAUGCUUUAACUUUUCUUUUGAGCACAUGCCUGUUGAUACUGGCAAAGAAGGGAAUUGAGUUGCAGAUGUGAUUUCUUAAUAUUACAAGUAAAAAUGUUAAUUAUUAUCAUUUUGUUAUUAAAAAUUACUGAAUUUAAGUUUUAUGUUUUAAAUUGUGUUUAUAUAAUUUAUUUGUAGAGUUUAAAAAAGUUGGUCUCAUCUGGCUUCUAGUAAAAAUGUUCACUUCUGGUGCAUUUAUGAUUGGAACCAUGUUCUGUUGGGUUACUUUUAUUUAAGUAUCAAUUCCUGUCCAUUGGGAUCACUAAUCAUGAUCAUAUGGAUAACACAAUUCAUUGGAAAUGUAUGGUUUUAUGGAUUAAGUCUUAAACCUUGUGCUAUUAAAUAAAAGAUAUGUUCUAAGGA